UAACAUAAUGCUGCACUUUAGGAAAUGGGUUGAAAUAUAACAUGUUGGUGAAGCUGGGUUCCGACUUUCGGCUUGUGGAGCUCUCGGGAUACCUCUGUUUUCCACCCGGUUCUCUCCUCCCCGCAGCUCGGCGCAUCUCUGUCUGAUCGCGGCUUCUGUCUGCUGCGCGGGCUGCCGGCUUGUGGAGCUCUGGGAUGGAAACCUUUCCACCCGGUUCUCCCCAGCUGUCAACCCGGCGUAUCUCUAGUCUGACUCAGAAGCUCUGGUGUUGUGCACAGUUAACUCCGGUUGUAGCUAGGUUGCUACCUCCGUUAGCUUAGCUCCCACCUCCGCGUUAGCUUUGGGUUAGCUUCAGGUUAGCUUGUAGCUAGUUCGACCGGGUGUCGUCAGUUAAUCCCAGCCUUACAGCCCCACCCUCAGCUCCACUUCUCUUCCCUUUUAUGGAAUUGUCUGGGCUUGACGAAACCUGUGACACGGUCAAAAUGGCGGUGGUGGCCACCUCCUAUUUUUAUUCAAAAACGUGUUAUUGGAGCAUAUGGAAACCCAUUGUCCAAUAUUUAUAUGUUGAUGAAAAGAAUCCGUUUUAAAAAAAGGAGUGUUCAUCCUGUUCACAAACUAUCUUUGUUAGUGGGUCACGAGUCGUCAUUUGACCAAUCACAGUCACGGAGACAGCUAGGCAAAAACACACUGCGGUAGCCGGUAUCGCUGUGCUGCUCCUACUGCUGUUUCAACAUCUCACAGCGGUUGGAGCUUCAAGUUCAGUGUACCAUAUCUGACGAACGCGCGUCACAGCUUAAAGAAUGGUUAAGAAACCAUUGCCAGCCCCUCAGUCAGGUAGAGAACUACAUGCAAGACACUGCAGUCUACAGGGCUAAGUGCAUUAGGGACAACAAUUGGACCAUCUACCAGAUCUUCCAAGAAUUCCCUCACCUAAUGAGAAAAGGCAUGAUUGCACAUGACCUUCUUAUCCUGCAUGGGGACGCUUCAUCAAAGUUGUUUGAAACUUGGCUACCCAUUUAUGCGGAGGAAAUCCUGUACCUGUAAAGACUGGAGGGAAAGCUGAUCUCGUCCCUGGAUGGGUUAACACAAGACUAGACCCAGAUACUGCAGGAUUAACCUGAGUCUCCCAGUCCUGGACCGUUUCUUCAACCAGCAAGACCCGAGACCAGACUUGCGUUUGAGCAGGGAGUCCCUUUCAGUGCUGCUGAAUCUGCUGAACUAAGAUCGGCGUCGUGGUUGGGGUGCCACAAUUGAGACUCUGGUGUUUCUUUUCUGGUUGGCAAGUGGAGCAUCUGACAGGGUGGUCUCCAGAUCGUUCAGGAUUCCUCGUUCGACAGCACCGCAUCGUCCACAGAGUCACGGAGGAGGUUGUGGCCAUUCGCCACCAGGUCAUCCACCUUCCAAAAACCCCUGAAGACCUGGAGGUGAUGUCCCAGGGGUUUGCAGAGCUGGCACGGCAUAGAGCUUUUUUAAAGCUGCAGGUGCCAUCGACGGCUGCCACAUCAGGAUCAAGCCUCCAAGCGGCCCUGAUGGUCACUGCUACAGGAACAGGAAACUGUUCCCCUCUAUCAUCCUGCAGGCUGUGUAUGACCAUCAGGGCCGCUUCAUCGACACCUACAUGGGCUGGCUGGGGUCGGUGCACGACUCCAGGGUGCUCCGCCACAGCCCGCCGUACAGACAGUCUGUCUACCCUCCUCCAGGGCACUUCAUCCUCGCAGAUGGUGGGUACCCAUGCCUGCAAAGCCCACUCAUCACUCCCUACAAACGUGGGAAUCAAGGUGUGGCUGCCCAGUGCUUUAACAGCCAUCAUUCCAAAAGCACGCUCUGUGAUAGAGCGUGCUUUUGGAAUGAUGAAAACCAGGUUCAGAGCCAUCUUCCUGCAAGCGCUGGAGGUCCACCACACCUUUGUGCCUCACGUUGUUACCGCUUGCACCAUCCUCCACAACAUCUGCCUCAGUGCUGGAGACUUUGUGGCGGCGGAGGAUGAGCCUGAGGAGGAUGGUGGAGAUGAUGAGGGGGAGGCUGGUUUGGAGGAUGUCAGCGGUGCACGCUGGCGGGACCAGCAGUGCUGUGAGGUGUCUGCCCUGGAGGAGGUUCCACUGGAUCAUGACUACUGUUAACAGUCUUGGUCACGUAGCAGCCGUCGACAGCCAGCCCUGCAAACCGAUGGAUGAUGCAGUGGACAGUCAAGACGCAUCUUGAAGCUCUUUCUGCAGACCACCCAGUAGGAUGCUUCACUUGUCAACCAGAAAAGUGCAGCCACGGGUCUCAGCUCCAGCACUCCAUCCAUGACAUUCAUCUGUUCAGCAGAUCCAGCAGCCCUGUUAGAGACUUCCUGCUUCAGAGUUGUUGAAACGGUCUUGGAAAUGGACACUCAGGUUAAUCCUGCACUAAAUAUGCAUUUUUGUUAUUUUUCUUUGUCAGAUAUUUCUCUUAUUUUGUAUGUUUCCCUUCAUGAUUUUGUGUAUAUAUGUUCAACCAUGUUCAAAGAAAAUUGUUGGAAAUAAAAGUGUUAAGUUUGA